AUGAUGAACCAGCUGCUGUCCUUCCUGCAGCCUGCCGUCCGCAAGCCACGAUAUUCAAUCAGACCAUUUUACACCACGUUGUUGGUGUUUACGCUUAUUGCAACAGCGAGUUGGUUUCUAAGUGGUACUACAAAUGAACGUGGGCAGCUCGCGCAACCGGGUACAGGGUCGCAUAUAGACCUGUUCAAAAGAGAGAGCGAACUAGAGUGCCGCUUGGUCCGCAACGCCAAAAAUCAGUGUGCAUACGUCCGCGCCAACUGCCCCGACCACGAGGAUGGUCUAAUCUCCUACCUUCAAUUUUACUAUUGCGGGAUGGCGGAUGCGAAACCGGUAGCAUUCAUGAUAUUGAUCCUCUGGUUAUCACUGCUCUUCAGUACCAUCGGCAUCGCGGCAAGCGAUUUCCUGUGUAUUGAUCUGAGUACAUUGGCUAGCAUUCUAGGAUUGAGCGAGAGUCUCACAGGGGUGACAUUUCUUGCCUUUGGCAAUGGAAGUCCUGACGUGUUUUCCACUUUUGCUGCCAUGCGGUCAAAUAGUGGGAGCUUGGCGAUCGGUGAGUUAAUCGGCGCGGCGACUUUUAUCACGUCCGUUGUCGCGGGCUCCAUGGCAUUAGUUCGACCAUUCAAGGUCGCGCGAAGAAGUUUUGUCCGAGAUGUUGGCUACUUCGUAGUGGCCGUCCUGUUCAGUAUGUUUUUGUUGGCCGAUGGGAAACUACAUGUAUGGGAGUCAGCUACGAUGGUAGGCUUGUACGCCUUCUAUGUCGUAAUGGUGGUGACCUGGCACUGGUAUAUGGUACGGCGACGCCGAAAGAAUGAGAGAGAUCUCGCAGCGCGCGCUCACUUUCAUAUACCGGAGAACCAGGAGCUGGACAUUGAAGAGGCCGCCGAGGACGAUGAUCCCGGUGUAGCGUCAGAGUCACGAAGUCUGCUCCGCGGAGCCUCAACUGAGGAUUUUGAUCUUUUGGAACGCGCUGAGGCUAUUCCUCUAUGGAAAGAAGACGAGGACGAGGACGACGAAACACGCAACCGGUACUUGGCCGAGAUUCGUGAUAACAUGCAUGUCUAUCGGCCUGUGCAAUCGAGGCGUAAUACAAUGAAUCCCAUUCGUCCGAGUCUUGUCGGUGCAUUGGAGUUUCAAUCUGUUCUUCACUCGCUGCAGAAAUCAAGAAACACCCAUCGCAAUCCGACAAUAAGCCUGAACAGUUAUUCAGACGACGGCGAGUCCGAUUUUGACACGCGCUCGGUGGCAUCGCAUCCUCGCGCCAGUCGACCAUCUACUACUAACGACCGCCUGUCGCCGUCCAGUGCAGCAGGUUCCUCUCGAGCUCGAGCUGUCUCGGCGAACGAUGCCGUGGGGUUGAAAUUUGACUCCAGUGUUUUGGAGCCCCGGCCGACACAUGGUCCACUGCUUACAGUGAGCAGACCUUCUUUUGAGGAUACUUCAGGACAAGAAGCCAUGCAGUCACGUCAGCUCCCUCGAAUUGAUACCGGAACGGCGCUGGAUGUAUCUCCUUCGAAUCGGUCGCCGUGUCUGAGUCCAGUUACCACAGGUCCUCAAACUCCUGACCGGCUCGCUCCAUCAGACGCUUUCAACUCCCCCAAUUACAGCGAUGGAGGGAUAAAUGAACGGUCCCCAAUGUCAGUAUCUCCCAGGGGCACUACCAUCCGCAGUCAUUCAGGCUUCGGGUUAGAAAGCCCUUCAGUGCCCUUCCCAUCGUAUACUGAUCUACCCCCCGUGGCAUUCUCACGACCACCCAGCAUUCGACUUCCAAAUUCAGCCAGUCAAUUAGAACGGCUACAAGUCCAGGACGGAUAUGAUGAUUUCGCUCAUGUAGGCCUCGCUUUCCGCAAAUACCUAAGGAAUUGGUGGCCUGACUCGAUCCCCCCUCCUCAGCAGAUUGGUUGCACGCUCUUCCCGACCUUAGCGGGCUGGCAGUCUAAAAAUGUAUGGGAAAGACUGCUCGGUAUUGUCGCAGCUCCCAGCGUGCUGCUUCUUACCAUAACGGUCCCAGUCGUUGAGCCAGAGACACCAGAGUCUGUGGAACCGGACCCCAUACCCUCGUUGAUUAUUCAGGACGUCGGCGAUGGAGAUACUCCUUCCCCAAGGGUUAGACUUCCAGCCGAUAGUCCAGUGCUUAUGGCUCAGACACAUGACUACGCCGAGUCAGCUUCUAAUGAGCCGCCAACGCACCCCCAUCGAAAGUCCUCGUAUGAACACGCUGGUCGCCCACGGUGGGACUCAGAACUGCCGGCAGUGCCGAUGCCAGGUUCAGCUCCUGCGCAUCCUGCGCCAACAAAGGACUGGAAUCGCUGGCUGGUGUCCAUCCAGCUUUUCACAGGACCCUUCUUUGCCGUGCUCAUCGCCUGGACGACCAUGGACGAAGACCGUCAGCCACGCAACCUCAUUCUUCCCUCCCUAAUCUCCCUCUUAUUCUCCUCCGUCUGCCUCACAGCCCUGUUAAUAAGCACCCGUCAUCAACGAAACCACCGCCGUCUCAGUGCAGAUUUUUCUCACCCGUUGCUCCCCCACGAAUCCCAACCCCACGCCCACACCCUCCCACCGCAAUGGAGGCCUUUCCUCUCCCUCCUUGGCUUUUUGGUCGCCAUAUCUUGGAUCGCGACAAUCGCCACUGAAGUUGUCUCUCUUCUCAAGACCAUCGGCGUCAUCCUCAACAUCUCCGAUUCCUUACUCGGAUUAACCAUCUUCGCCGUCGGAAACUCGCUAGGCGAUCUAGUCGCUGACAUCACAGUUGCCCGACUUGGGUAUCCAGUCAUGGCUCUGAGCGCCUGCUUUGGUGGUCCCAUGCUGAAUAUCCUCCUCGGUAUCGGGCUUGGUGGUAUGUAUAUGACCCUCAACGGUGGGAAGCAGAGACACAAUGAGGCAUCGCAGGAUGUCGCCCCUGUGCAAGUCCCCUAUGAGAUCGUCGUCUCCAAGGUGCUUGUUAUCAGUGGUGCCACGCUUUUGGUCAUCCUAGUUGGGCUUUUGGUUGUUGUUCCUAUGAACAAUUGGAGAAUGGAUCGCAGGAUUGGGUGGGGUCUUAUCGCCGUUUGGUGUGUGGGUACCCUAGGAAAUGUGAUUGCGGAAGUUGUCUUGUGA